GACCCGAGAGGACCGAGCGGGAACCGAACCUGGGACUCUCUGGUCCACAGGCCGAUGCUCAACUGCUGAGCCAAACUGGCCAGGGCCUGACUUCUCUUCUACUGCAGCUCCACCUUCCCAGUGUGCUGCCCCUCCCCAGACUCCGACUCAGUGGGGAGGAAAGGAUGCCAGCCAUGCCAGCCACACGAGGGAAGUGUAAGUCCAAGGCACCAGUGACAUUUGGGGAUUUGGCCAUCUACUUCUCCAGGGAAGAGUGGGAAAGGCUGAGCCCCACACAGAAGGAUCUGUAUGAAGAUGUCAUGCUGGAGAACUACCAGAACCUGGUCUCUCUUGGACUUUCCUAUCGGAGGCCAAAUGUGAUCACCUUAUUGGAGAAAAGGAAAGCACCCUGGAUGGUGGAAUCCACGAGAAGACGCUGGGGCCUUGACUCAGGGGCUAAAUGUGAGACCAAGAAGUUACACCCAAAGCAUUGCAACAAAUCUGGGCAAAGCAUCUAUCAGAAACCAGUUUCUGCAUCACAGAAAGGUCCCAUAGGAAAGAGAGGCUGCAAGAAAAAGUCAGUCCUAAAAAGACCCAAGAAAGUGCAUCCAGGGAAGAAAUCUUUAAAAUGUAAUGACUGUGGGAAAAUCUUUAGUCAAAGCUUAUCUCUUAAACUUCAUCAGAAUUCUCAUACUGAAGAGAAGCCUUAUGAAUGCAGUAAUUGUAGAAAAGCCUUCAGACAGGUCUCAUCCCUCAUCCUUCAUCAAAGAAUUCACAAUAAAAGAAAAAGCCAUGACUAUGGUCAGUGUGGGGAAAGCUUUAUUCAAAGAACAACUCUUAUUCUUCAUAAGAAAGUUCAUGCUAGAAAGGAAACCUUUGACUAUAGAAAGGCCUUGAGUCAGUACCCAGCCCUCAGGAUACAUCAGAAAAUUCACCUUAUUGAGAAUGCCCACCGGUGCAGAAGAUGUGGGAAAGCCUUCAUUCAAAGAUCAUCCCUUUUCCUUCAUAAGGACAUCCACAAUGGAAAGAAAAUGCAUGAAUGCAAUAAAUGUGGGAAAGAUUUCCAUAAUAAAUCAGUCCUUGUACAUAAAGGAAUUCACAGUGGAGAGAAAACCCACGAGGGUGAGAAAGCCUCAAGUCAGCAGAGAAGUCACUAUUUAGAGAACCCUUAUAAAUGCAGAAAAUGUGGGAAAUCUUUUAAUAGGAUUUCAUCCAUCCUGCUUCAUCAGAGAAUUCAUACUUCAGAGAAACCCUACAAAUGUGAUAAAUGUGAGAAGGUCUUCAGGCGGUUUUCAACCCUCAUUCUACAUCUAAAAAUUCAUAAUGGAGAGAAACUGUAUAGAUGUAAUAAAUGUGAGAAAGUCUGUAAUCGGCAUUCAUCCCUUAUUCAGCAUCAGAAAGUUCAUACAAGGAAAAAGAAACUGUUUGAAUGUAAGGAAUGUGGGAAGAUGUUUUCUGAAACUGCCAACCUUAAAAUACAUCAGAACAUUCAUUCUGAAGAGAAACCUUUCAAAUGCAAUAAAUGUAGUAAAGUUUUCGGCCGCCAGUCAUUUCUUAUUGAACAUCAGAGAAUUCAUACUGGAGAAAAACCCUAUCAGUGUGAGGAAUGUGGAAAAGCCUUCAGUCAUCGAAUAUCUCUUACUCGACAUAAGAGAAUUCAUACUGAAGACAGACCAUAUGAAUGUGAUCGGUGUGGAAAGGCCUUCAGUCAGAGUGCUCACCUUGCCCAACAUGAAAGAAUUCACACUGGAGAGAAACCAUACAUGUGCAAAACAUGUGGGAAGGCCUUUAGUCAACGCACGUCCCUUAUUCUACAUGAAAGAAGUCAUACUGGAGAGAAACCCUAUGAAUGUAAUGAGUGUGGGAAGGCCUUUAGCAGUGGCUCAGACCUUAUCCGGCAUCAGAGAAGUCAUUCCUCAGAGAAACCCUAUGAAUGUAGUAAAUGUGGGAAGGCAUACAGUCGAAGCUCAUCCCUGAUUCGACAUCAGAAUACACAUUUGGAAGGAAAAGCCUAAGAUUACAAAAGCAAGGACUGAGUCUCAAAGUAGCAGAGACAGAGGCAUGGGGAAAUGCAUUUGUCUCAACCAUAAUUUUGUAAAAAUGGGACCAUUUGAUGAUGCAUCUCACUUUGAAAGCCAAAGGGCAAACGUCCUUGGUGACUUUGACCUGGAAAUUUUAAAUUAACUGAGGCAGUGAAUUUAUAAUAGGUCUUAUUGAAGCUCAGAUGUUUGGAUGGGUCAUUUUUUAUAAAGACCAUUCUUCAUUUGAUAAGAAUCACUGAUAUUUUAUUUCCACUGUAGUUUUCAAGCUAUGUCAAAGUGGAAUUGUAGCUAUUGCACUGGUCACACACAAAGUAGUAUUGUCCAUUUUUGUGGAUGGGGCUUUGAGCCUGAUUUAAUAUCACAUGCAAAAAAAGUUAGUUUGUCCCUUAGAACAAGAAUUAUCAUAUGUAAGGAAGAGACUUUCUGGAAAACCAGGGUGCCACUUUCAGCUGACAGAAAUUUUGGGGUGAUAAAGAAAUAUCGAGUGGAUAAAGAUGACACUCACCAUUGAGUGGAGCAAAGAGACAUUACCAUAUUAUCUCCUUAGAAAUGAAGAUAUAUAACCUUUGUGAUGUGAAAAAUUUAACAAGCCUGAUAGGCUAAU